GUUCUUUGUAUUGUCUCUUCUCUCCGGUCGGGAACCCGACCGCCAGUCUUGCCGGGUGAGUGACUGACAGCUCCCUGCAGCCAGUGGCCGAGGUGCUGGGUGGUGGAGACAGACGCCCGUCGCCCCGGUGACCGGUGGCGAGCUGGUGACUCGGUGAGGCGCUGGAGUCCUGGGGAACGGAGACCACAUGGUAGGCCACUUUAAAUUAAGGGAUGAGCAUAACACAGAACAAUAUUGCUGUUCUACAUGAUCAGAUGUGAUGCACUGUGUGGUCAGGUUUCUCGAAUCUACUGUGAACUCCAAAGGCUGUUGUGGUGCCUGAACAUAGUCACAGACCAGGGUACCCAAGGGGACUGUCUAUCUUGCCACGCAGGACUUCUGCAGAUAAAGGAACUGGGAUUCCAGGAAAGCACUUACGUGAAACAUGAAUAAGAAUUGGACUAAUUAAGGGUUCCUCCUGUUCCAGAGAUUAACCAAAAUGUAUAGACCAGGGGAAACAGUGAAACGUCGACUCAAUAUGCAUGCUCCUCCUCGGAUAAGAAGCGUGGAAGUUGCAAGAGGAAGAGCUGGCUAUGGGUUCACCCUUUCUGGACAAGCUCCCUGUGUUCUGAGCUGCGUUAUGAAAGGAAGUCCUGCAGAUUAUGUUGGACUUAAAGCAGGAGAUCAAAUAUUUGCAAUUAAUGAAAUUAAUGUAAAACAAGCUUCUCAUGAAGAUGUGGUAAAACUAAUAGGAAAAUGUUCUGGAGUCCUGCACAUGGUCAUCGCUGAAGGCAACAGUCAUAUUGACUCAUGUUCUAGUGAUGAAGAAGUUGGUUUUUAUGAUGGGAAAGGGUGGCUGAAGCCAAAGCCUGACUCUAAAGCCUUGGGUAUAAAUAGAGCAGAGAAGGUUGUUGAAGAAAUGCAGUCUGGUGGAAUUUUCAACAUGAUCUUUGAAAAUCCUAGUUUUUGUGCUGGUAAUGCAGAGAAUUCAGUACCAAAACAAAGAGCCCUUUCUGAGACUGCUGCUACUAAAUUUGAAACUGGACAUGAAAGUAUAAAUAACAAUCCUAAUCUACUUUCAAAGGAAGAAAUAUCCAAAGUGUUGCAUGAUGAUUUAGUUUUUCAAAUUGGACUGGAAAAUCCAGAGGACUUUGGGUUAGAUGCAAGUAUUUUAAAUGUUGCUAUGGUGGUAGGUUACCUAGGCUCGAUUGAACUUCCUUCAACAAGCUCAAAUCUGGAAAAUGACAGUUUGCAGGCUAUUCGGGGAUGUAUGAGACGCCUUCGGGCAGAACAGAAAAUCCAUUCAUUGGUGAUGAUGAAGAUUAUGCAUGACUGUAUUCAGCUCUGCAGUGACAAGUCUGGUGUAGUAGCAGAAUAUCCUGCUGAGAAACUGGCAUUUAGUGCUGUGUGCCCUGAUGAUAGACGAUUUUUUGGGCUAGUUACCAUGCAGACAAAUGAUGAUGCAAGCUUGGCUCAAGAAGAUGAAGGGGUUCUGAGGACAUCUUGUCAUGUGUUCAUGGUGGAUCCGGAAUUAUUUCAUCAUAAAAUUCACCAAGGUAUAGCAAGACGUUUUGGACUGGAGUGUACAGCAGAUCCAGACACAAAUGGCUGUUUAGAAUUUCCAACAUCAUCUUUACCUGUUCUUCAAUUUAUCUCUGUCCUCUAUAGGGAUAUGGGUGAGCUGAUUGAGGGAAUGCGAGCAAGGGCUUUUCUUGAUGGCGAUGCAGAUGCUCAUCAGAAUAACAGUACAAGCAGCAACAGUGAUAGUGGUAUUGGAAAUUUUAACCAAGAGGAAAAAAGCAAUAGAGUUUUGGUGGUUGAUUUAGGAGGCAAUCCAAAUAAACAUAUUCCUAAUAGUAUGUGGGAAAAUCCAGUUGGAAGGGGACAGAAUCAACAUGCUUCCCAUUGGAAUGGCUUCUGUCAAGAACAAGAAGGAAACACUCCUUUAGAAAUAAUUCAGAAUGACAAAUCACAAAAUUUAAGUAAGCACUUAAGUCCUUCAACUCGUAUUGAAGUUCCACUAGUUUCUUCUCGAAGUUCAGUGCCGCCAUCCAAGAAAAGUACUGCAGGCAUAGGCAAUCAGAGAUGGUUGCCUGUUCAUGUCUUACAAGAAUGGCAACAUGGAAAUGCCAGUGACCAGGAGUCUUAUACAGAUUCUACAGAUGGCUGGUCAAGUAUUAACUGUGGCACUCUUCCCCCUCCAAUGAAUAAGAUUCCAGCUGACAGAUACAGAGUUGAUGGCAGCUUUGGCCAGCCCCAGUUAACAUCUCAUAAAAAUGAAUGGUCUAAGAAUGUGUUUUGCACACACAAGAAGUUUGGUCCUCAACACAAUAUUAGAAAGUCUAAAGAAGCUAAAAAGGGUGCCAAAUUUGGACAUCCAGUUGGAUUAGCCCUCGCUCCCCAACGUUCUUCUGUUCGGAGAUCAUUUGGAAGAUCUAAGCGAUUUAGCAUUACUCGUUCACUGGAUGAUCUUGAGUCUGCAACUGUGUCUGAUGGAGAGCUAAACAGUAGUGAUUUAAAAGACUGUAUCAGUGAUAAUAGCCUGAGUAGCAAUGCUAGUCUUCCUAGUGUACAGAGCUGUCGACGACUCCGAGAAAGAAGAGUUGCAAGCUGGGCCGUUUCAUUUGAACGUCUUCUGCAGGAUCCUGUUGGAGUUAGAUUUUUCUCAGAAUUUCUACGGAAAGAGUUUAGUGAAGAAAAUAUUUUAUUCUGGCAGGCCUGUGAAUAUUUUAACCAUGUACCUGCACAUGACAAAAAAGAGCUUUCUUACAGAGCUCGAGAGAUCUUCAGCAGGUUUUUGUGUAGCAAAGCUACAACCCCAGUUAAUAUUGAUAGCCAGGCACAGUUGGCGGAUGAUAUUCUCAGUGCUCCACGUCCAGAUAUGUUCAAAGAACAGCAGCUUCAGAUUUUUAAUCUGAUGAAGUUUGAUAGCUAUACUCGCUUUCUGAAAUCCCCGCUUUACCAAGAAUGCAUUCUGGCUGAAGUAGAAGGUCGCCCUAUUCCUGAUCCACAGCGUGUUCCCAGCAGCCCUACAUCUAAACACAGUAUCAGCUCAGAGCGGUCCCAUAUCUCAACACCAAAAAAGUUAAUUGGAAAAUCAAAGUCAGGAAGGUCCUUAAAUGAAGAAUCUGGAGAGGAAGACGCUGAGAGAAAAAAAAAAGGGACAUUUUUCUCCUGGUCAAGAAGUAAGAGUGUGGGGAGAUCGCAGAAAAAAAGGGAAAAUGAUGACUACCAAAAUGAUUCUAUGCAUACCAACGGAUUAUUUUGCAGACGUGAAUCACAAGGCUCUAUGUCGUCAGCUGCAAGUCUUGAACUGUCUGAUGCCUCUCGGGUAUCUGCAUCUUUACCUGAUAAAGAGAAAUCCUCAAAAUACUGCUGUAUAAACCUUCCAGAUGGCUCAUCCUGUAAAAUGGUUGUUAAAUCAGGAUUCUCAGUCAAAGAGAUGUUAUCUGGGCUCUGUGAGAAACAUGGCAUUAACAUAGCUGCAGUAGACCUAUUUUUAGUUGGAGGAGACAAGCCACUUGUAUUGCAUCAAGACAGUAGCAUCUUGGAUUCUCGGGAUCUACGUUUAGAAAAGCGUACUUUAUUUCGGCUGGAUCUUGUUCCAAUCAAUAGAUCAGUUGGUUUGAAGGCUAAACCUACUAAGCCAGUAACGGAAGUUCUACGGCCUGUGGUUGCAAAAUAUGGCUUAAAUCUUAAUGAACUUGUGGCAAAACUAAAUGGUGAUCAGGAACCACUAGAUCUUGGUGUCCCUAUAUCUAAUCUGGAUGGUCAACGAGUUGUAUUAUAUGAAAAAGAGCCAACAAAAGGAAGAGACAGACAAAAAGGCGCCCCAGUAAAACAAAGUACGGUUGUAACUUCUACUUCAAGAAAUCAGUCAUCUACAGGAGAGGGAAGAACUCUAGGAAAGUCUAAUUCAAUUAAAAUAAAAGGCGAAAAUGGAAAAAAUGCUAGGGAUGCUCGGCUAUCAAAGAGAGAAGAAUCUCUUGCAAAGAUUGGGGGAAAAAAAUAUCAGAAAAUUAAUUUGGACGAAGCAGAGGAGUUUUUUGAACUCAUAUCCAAAGCUCAAAGUAACAGAGCAGAUGACCAACGUGGGCUGCUAAGGAAAGAAGACCUUGUUCUACCUGAUUUUCUUUGUUUACCUCCCAGUGGACAAGAACCACCCUCAUCUACACCAGUGAGCUCUAAAGGUCUCAGCAAGAGAAUUGCAAAAAAUGAUGGCAAGGAUAAAUGUGCACAGCCAAGUGGAAAACGGGAGUCUAUGCAAAACUGUAAUGAAAACUCAAUUAAGAAAACAGGUCAUUCAGAAAAUAAACAUAAGUCUGCUUUGACAACGCUCAACAGUCAGAAGACUUACGAUGUUCCUUUUAGUGCCCCAUUGUCUCCAAUUGCACAUGUACAGGAAAACAAUACAACAAUAUGGAAAAGGCAAUCAAGAGAAUUACAGGCUGAAGGCAUACAGACUAUAGAUGAUGAAAAUGUAGCAGACUUGACUCUUGUGGCUGAAGGAGAUAUUAGUAGCCCUAACAGCACCUUACUGCCGCCACCACCAACACCACGAUCAGAUAUCAGUAAACUCACAGAAGCCAACUAUCCACCACCAACUCCACUGGCAGGUAAUCAGGAAAAUUCUGGAUAUCAAAGAUCCAAUUCAGGUAUGAACCACAGAAAGAAAAAAGAUUCACCAGGGGCUGCAGGAAACUUCUGUGAGCAAAGCUCUCACAAAACAAAGACCAACAGAAGCCUUAAUCCUCCUGGUGGUAGGGAUAAUCUUCCCACUUCUGUAAACAGAGUAAUUGAUGUGGAUGGAGUUAAACUGGAAGACAGUGGCACACGAUCCUGUGAUGAUUCAGAAGGGAACCUCAGCUUCGAAGGCUGUAUCUCUGAACUGAGAUCUUGCCAGGGGAGGAUGCGGACAGGAGUUUAUAGGACAUCAGACCUCCCCUCUCUGAUUACUGUCAAGAGUGAGAAAAACAAGGGUGCUGAGAAUCAAUACAAAGCUACUUUUGUUUAAAUCUCUAUUUUUAAUUAACAGCUUCAGCAUUUUUGCCUGGCAUCGUUAGCACUAGAGCUAUGCAUUAUGAGCAUGUUCCUGCAAGUUACUCAGUGUUUUCAAUUCCUAUUGGCUUCAAUAGGCAUUUAAAAUAGUCAGCAUCUCCCAAGAUCAGUCCUUAUAUGAAUUGGAACCUGUAUAAUGAAAAGUAGUAUUUAAACAAAAGUGUUGAGAUAUUUAAUUUUGUUCUGUCACCUAAUGGACUUUCUAACGUUGUUUUCCAUAUCAUGGUUCCUGUUGGUACUUUGACCAAAUUGGUGAGGUUAAAAUUCUCAUGGAAUAAAGCCAUCCUUUAAUGUCUUUGAGAAAGACAAAGUCAUUUUAAGUCCCACCUAGGUUUUUACAGAAGGUGGUUUUGGUUUUUCAUCUUAAUCUUCUAAUGUAUUUUCCUAGUCCACAAUAUUCCUUGGUGCUGCUAGACUUGUAUUUUGGAUGAGAAGUGUACUAUUCGUUAUUAUUUGGACAGCAUUGAGACUCUUUGUUUGGCAAAUCUUCCUGUCUACUGAUAGCAUUUGAGAAAUCCAGGGGGAGUUCAAUCUUGUUAUAAAGAUUACCUGAGUGGAUAUAUGCAUUCUAGCAUGCUUUUUACACAGGCAGGAAUCCAGAUUCAAGAAAGCCAUAAAGCUCAUUCAGACAGAGCAAUAGCAGCUUCUGUAGCUUGCCUUGGUAACAUAUCCAUAGCAGUGAUUUAUAAAGCAGCUGCAUGGAGGUCAUCCAAAUCUUUACAUGGCACUGUUCUCUCUCUGUCUGUGAGUUUAUUUUAAUCUAUAAUUAAAUAUUCCUCUUCCUCCUUCUAGGUUAGAUUGGUAUUUUUAGCUAAUCUUCUAAAUUAGUGAGUAAUUAUGAAGGAAGAAGAAAGGAUUCUUGGCUGUUCUCUAAAUUUAUUGUCUCUGCAGAUCUACACUUGUUCUUCUUUCUUUCCCAUUUCUUUUGAAUUAGUAAUGAUUCUGGGAGCUGAAAGAGAUAUUGAAGAAAUGUGAAGCAUGGGCCUCUAUCAAUCUCUGUUUGACAGUCUUGAGUGUAUACAUUAAGUUGCAUAUCGGUUCACUGCUUUGAAUUGAUUCUGGGACUCAUGAGGCAUAGUGCAUGGCUCCUAGAUUGUGGAUCUGAAGAGGCAAUAAAUCUGGAGAACUACUGUUAUUGCUAAGUAACCUAUUUUUCAUUGCUCCUCCUUCAUGAAGCUUAUCACAAAUUGUGAACUUUUUCAUAACGGGGAAAUGCUAUAGCAAAUUAAUCAGUUUUUAAAGCUCAGAUGUAUUUGCCAUGUCUAAAGGGUUUGCAGAUUCUUAAGAUUAUGCAACAGUAAUAUAAGACCUUCCCAAUGUAAAGAAUUAUGGGCACAGUUCCAUUAACUUCAGUGGAGUUUCACUUAUUUACACCAGUAGAGACUUUGGCCCUAGGUUUGGGGAACACAUUUGCUAACAUUAAACCCGGCUCAGUCAAUUGUAUGCUCAGGAUUGUUUACUUUUUUUAAUACAGUUGUUGGUGGAUGAGUAAUAUAUACCUGUCAUGAAAAACAGCUGCUCCUUAACAAAUUUCCAAAAUUAAGAUUGGACUGAGAAUAACAUUAAAGUUGGGCUGAUACUGCAGUAUCUUCUACAGUAGGGGCAUUGAAAAACUCAGAGUAUUCAUAAGGAGAUACGGAGACUUUCAGCUCUAAAUUAGUGAUUCAAACCUUACUUGUGCCAGUUGGUAGCAGAAAGCUAUCAUCGGACUGUAAAUGAAGUGAGUUGGUUAUGGGAGUCCAGUUCCCUGUGGCUAGAUGCCUACAUCACAGAAACCCAUCAUAUUUGGCAGUAAGUGCAGUCAUCCUGGCAGGGACUGAAUAGGCACUGAGCCUGAAGUAACUUCUUAUCCCGAGUGUAGCCUAUAAGUAUAGAUAUUUGCUAGAUGAGGCAUAGGUAUAAGUUAAGGCAAUAAUGCAGUGAGCCUACAAGCUGGUAUAAACUAGCAUCUGGUGGUUACUUGUCAACACUAUAACGUAGUGGUUAAAGGACAUUGGUGAUGCGGUAUGGGGGAGCUUUCCCUGCUGGUACUCAGCUGCUACUUGUUCUGUGGCUAAAUGGAGAACUUAAGUCUUCAAAGUUUUCAUACUGGCUGUAGAUUGUAGUCCAUAGGAUACAUUAUUCUAUAUCUUCUUAUACUGCAUCUAUAGGAUUAGUAUAAUUAUCUUGAGAGAUAAUUUAAAACAUCUCUGUAUUCUUUAAGAUCCUUUCCCCAUAUUCCAGCUGUCUUGUGUCAUUGUAUUGACACCAUUAUGAUACAAAUUCACUGCUGGCGGGACAGGUUUUCAUCUUUAUAAAUGUCCAUGUUUUUGGCUGAGAGCUUUGCUCUGAUCAAAGCAAAAUAUCUUCACACAUCAGUAAUCCCCAACAAAUGGGCUCCUUGCCAUCUGCCCCUGAAUAUGUUGCACCUUGCGGUGUGUCUUUGAAAAUCAACUCCUGCCCCAGUACUGUAGUGAAUAUUUAAAACUGAAAUGCAGUAGUUGGUGUCUAGGAUGAUUCCUGAUCAAAAUGUUGGUGGGACACUGUAACUUGCCUUAGCUGCAUGUAUACUCAUCAAAGACCUGAUCCUGUAAGUGAUCCUCUGUUGCAGAAUUCCCAUUGAAACCAAAGGGAGUUCUGUGACCAAGAUCUUAAUGACACCUUUGAAUGUGCCUCCCAGGCCUCUGCUAUCAUUACUAAACUUUAGUAGAACCUCAGAGUUAUGAACUAACCGAUCAACUACACACCUCAUUUGGAAUCAGAAGUAUGUAAUCAGGCAGCAGAGAGAAAAAAAUAAAAAAAGGAGCAAAUACUGUACACUACAGUACUGUGUUAAACAUAAACUACUAAAAGUACGGGGAAAGUUUUUUAAAAAGGUUUGACAAGGUAAGGAAACUGUUUCAGUGCUUGUUUCAUUUAAAUUAAGAUUUAAAAAAGCAUUUUUCUUCUUUAUAGUAAAGUUUCAAAGCUGUAUUAAGUCGAUGUUCAUUUGUAAACCUUUGAAAGAACAACCAUAACAUUUUGUUCCAAGUUACGAACAUUUCAGAGUUAUGAACAACCUCCAUUCCCAACGUGUUCAUAACUCUGAGGUUCUACUGCAUUCACAGAAGUUCUGCUACUUUUGCUGUGGAGUCCCCUACUGGAAUGUUCACACAUGCUCUGUGCUAGGGCAUUGGAGCAAUUCCCCUGUGUGGAUACUUGAUCUGAAAGAGCUAUUUGGCUAAAUUAGAAAUGGGAAUGGAGUUAUAAUAUUGGGAUGAAGGUGCAUUUGUUUCACCCCAGUGGCAGAGCCAUCUUUGUUCAUCAUAAACCUUUCACCUCUUUUCAAACAUAAUAAUAAUUUUAGAAAUUAAAUAUCAGUUUGCCAUUAAAACCUUUCUGUGGCUGCUUAGCUGCUGAGGUGUAAGAAAGAUCUGUUGUAUUAGAUUCUGAGGGCAGCAAACUGGAUUUGACAGAAUGGAUAUUCAACCCAAGUUCAGAGAAAUGUAUGAUGUAAAAGAAAGCUGCCUUAAAAUGGGUUUUCUUAAACAGAGAGGGGGAGGGGAAGACAGGACCGGACUUGGCUGCAUGCCUGGAAAGCACAGGACUGUGAACCAAGGAACCUGGAAUACAGGAAAAUAAUUCUUCUCUAUUUCAGCAAUAUCAUAUUCAAAACUGCUUCUGAAUAUGAGCCACAUGUAAACUCCAGCUGCAGGAGUGGUGUUUAAAAAUAUGACCCCAUACCUUAGGGCUCAAGGCAAUUUAUUGCUUAAGCUUAGAAAUAAUUAAUAAUAUUAGCUUUACUUUGCAAGGUCUGGGAGAAUGUAGAAACUAAACCAACACAGUAUUACUGCUGGAAUCAGUUGCCAGGGUUAAUGGAGUUAAUAAAACAAAAUGGAUACAGCCAAUCCCAGAAUUGUAUUUAAAGAGUGAUUGUGCUUUGAGCAAUGUCCUGCAUAUUUAACUAUUGGGUGACCGUAUCAACAUAAGAUGGUUUUAAGACAGGUUUCAGAGUAGCAGCCGUGUUAGUCUGUAUCCAUAAAAAGAAAAGGAGUACUUGUGGCACCUUAGAGACUACC